UUGGCCGGAUGUUACGUAUGUUCCGGUAGUCUCGGGUCUGUCAGCAGCUUGACUUUCCCAUCUCGUUGGGCACCCACUUGACAAGUCGAGGAUACUCUGACAAACUUUGUAUCUGUUGUACAUCUCGAUGAUGGACUCCAUUCAGACUACGGUGUCUGGAUUUUCUCUGGACCUGGGACCACUGAAAGAGCCACUUGGAUUCCUUCGUGUGCUCGAAUGGGUUUUUGCCAUUUUUGCCUUUGCCACAACCGGAGGUUACUCUGGGACGUCUCACUUCACAGUCAAAUGUGUUGAAUCCGGGGAACCCUUCAAUGUCAAACCUGUUUUUGGAUACCCCUUCAGGUUGUCAGCAUACCCCUACGAGAUGCCUUCGUGCGAUGGCACUCCUGCAAAUCACACCUUCCUCCAGGGAGACUUUUCCUCCUCUGCCGAGUUCUUUGUGUGCGUGGGUGUGUUUGGUUUCCUCUACUGCACUGCUACGUUGGUUCUCUACUUGGGUUACCAGCACGUCUAUCGUCAGACCACCCGCGCUCCCUUCAUAGAUCUGGUGGUGACGGCUGCCUUCGCCUUUCUGUGGCUCGUGUCCUCUUCGGCCUGGGGCAAAGGUCUGACUGAUGUGAAAUGGGCCACAAACCCAGAGCACUUGGUGGAGAAUUGUACACACUGCCAUCCGGGAGAAUUUCCCUCCAUGGGACGCCUUAAUGCCUCAGUGAUUUUUGGCUUUUUGAAUCUGAUCCUUUGGGCAGGAAACUGUUGGUUCAUUUACAAGGAGACUUCGUUUCACAAGGAUCCCAGCCCACCGAGCAACAUGGAAGAAGGAGGGGCCCCUGGGCCUUAAGUCACAUGUUCGAUCUACUAAAACAAGGCAAUCCCCCACAGUUUCAUUUCGGCAUUUUUAUCCAACAAAUGGUUGUUGUUUUUUGAAGAGACCUUUUCUCUUUCCUCACACUGCAGCGCAGCUCUAUUCGAAACAGUUUGCGAUUUCUACCUGGUCUUUCUGAAACAGCAGGGCCUAUUGGCUUCAAGAUGACCUUCCUUCAUGAUCAAGUUGAAAUGUUAAGGGUGUUUAAUUAGCCAAAAUAUCUUCAUUUGUGCGAUGAUAUCGAUGAAAAAAUGUUUUUAUGCAUUCAAAUUCAAAAAGUGCCUCAUAACCAAGCCGGCCGGGAUUCAAGCACUCCCA